AUGCCUGGACAUCUUGGUCAGAAGAUCUUGAAAACGUUUGGUCUGGACGAGCAUAGAGACCACCCCCCUCCACCACCGCAGGAUUCGCGUCUGCCUGGAUCCCGCAUCAUCAACGACGACGAACGGCUUCUUUGCUCCCACCCACACGGCACAUACCCUCGCCUUGCUAAGCUCUCCAACGGGGCGAUUCUGUCGGCGUUCACGCGCUUCGAGGGCAAUACCAGGGUUCUGUGUAUCGGCAGGAGCCAAGACGGCGGCCGUAGUUUCGAGGAUUUUAGCGAGGUCACGCGGGGCGAGGGCGAUGUGGACAAUACGUUUCUGCUCGAGAUAGCGCCCUCGACUGUCCUUGCAGCCUUCCGGAAUCAUGAUCUUGGACCGGACGGUCCCGCGUAUUACCGGAUCACGGUGUGUCGGUCCACGGACGAUGGGAGGAGCUGGCACUUCCUCUCCCAGGCGGCCGAGAAGCAGCCGCCCCUGGGGAUCUGGGAGCCGUUUAUGCGCAUUGGGCAACAGGGUGAGAUCCAGAUGACUUAUUCCCAGGAGUAUGCGCAUGAUAACCAGUGCACGAUGCUCGUGCGGUCGUUUGAUGGCGGUGCGACCUGGAGUGGUCCGCCGCAGUGUCUGGAGGGAGCGAGGGAUCCGGUCCGGGAUGGGAUGAAUGGAAUUGCCAGGACGGUUGACAAUGGACGCGAGGCUCUGGUCAUGGUGUUUGAAACUACAACGUUUGGUACCUUCGACCUGGAGGCCCUGGUUUCCUACGACGAUGGGAACACAUGGGGACACCGGCAUCAUGUGUAUGUUCCCCCGCGGGGUCAUAAUGCGGGGUCACCCCAGAUAGCCGCGUUCGGAGAUGGCUCGUUGGCGGUGAUUUUUAUGACCGACGAGGACUCGUCUCAGGUGGACUGGACCAAAAAUGCCGCGAUUAAGAUGGUUUUUGCUGGUCCUCCCAAUAACGGGCAGAUCCGCUGGACGCGGCCUUCGGUAAUCUGCCCGCAUCCGAGUCACUGGCCGGGGGUUCUGGCAUUAGACGGGCAGACACUGCUGGCAACGUAUGAAUGUGGAGGAGCUCCCAAGGUCAAGUCCAUCACUUUGCAGCCAUGA